GCCAAGGGAAGCGGAAACUUCGGUUCAGAGGAGCAGGUGGUUUGAGGGACCAGAAUUCAGUGCCCAGGGGCAGAAAGGCAAGUGCCGCAGCAUAAGCACCUGGAGGGUGGACCCCCCCAGGGGGAGACGGGACAGGGCCAGGUAGGUGCCCCGGCUUCUGGUCACCAUGCUGCUGGCUGUGCUGCUGCUGCUGUCCCUCCCAGGCCCACCGUCUGCCCACGGGUACCCACCGUACAUGCGCCUGCCCCCCAGCACCCUGCAAGCUCUGUCGGCCCAGGGGACAAAGGCAUUGCAGACGGCCCAGAGGAGCGCCAGGCGGGCGGUGAAUCUGGUCGCGAUGGAGAUCCAGCACAGACUGCAUGAGUGCCGGGGCUGCGCCGACCGCACGACCCCCUGCGCGGCAGGACCUGGGCGCCCCAGGCCUCAAGCCCCCCUGCUCCAGGACCCACCUGAGCCAGGGCAGUGUGGCGAGAGGCGUCGGGACACAGUCAACGUGACGCUGGCCCGGGGCCGCAUUGUAGGGGGCAGCGCCGCGCCGCCUGGGGCCUGGCCCUGGCUGGUGAGGCUGCAGCUCAACGGGCAGCCUCUGUGUGGCGGCGUCCUGGUGGCGGCGUCCUGGGUGCUCACAGCGGCGCACUGCUUCGCGGGCGCCCCGAACGAGCUUCUGUGGACGGUGCAGUUGGCCGAGGGGCCCCGGGGAGAGCCACGGGAGGAAGUGCCGGUGAACCGCAUCUUGCCCCACCCUAAGUUUGACCCGCGGACCUUCCACAGCGACCUUGCCCUGGUGCAGCUGUGGACGCCGGUGAGCCGCGCAGGGGCGGCGCGCCCCGUGUGCCUGCCCCAGGGACCCCGGGAGCCCCCCGCCGGCACCGCCUGCGCCAUCGCAGGCUGGGGGGCUCUCUUCGAAGAUGGGCCAGAGGCGGACUCCGUCAGGGAGGCCCGCGUGCCCCUGCUCAGCGCCGACACCUGCAGGAGGGCCCUGGGGCCCGGGCUGCACCCCAGCACCAUGCUUUGUGCCGGUUAUCUGGCCGGGGGCAUCGACUCAUGCCAGGGUGACUCUGGAGGCCCCCUCACCUGUUCUGAGCCUGACCCCCACCCCAGGGAGGUCCUGUAUGGAGUCACCUCGUGGGGUGAUGGAUGCGGGGAGCCGGGGAAGCCUGGGGUCUACACCCGUGUGGCCGUUUUCAGGGACUGGCUCCAGGAGCAGAUGAGUGCGGCCCCCUCCAGCCGUGAGCCUAGCUGCAGGGAGCUUCUGGCCUGGGAACCUCCGGAGGAGCCACUAGCAGACGCCGCCCCGCCCUGCGCCUUCUAUGCCCACCUGUGCAGGGGACCCAAGGGCGCUUGUGCGCCCCUAGCGCGUCAGCAGUGUCUGCAGCGCCGACGACGAUGUGAGCUGCGCUCGCUGGCCCACACCCUGCUGGAGCUGCUGCGGGGCGCCCAGGAGCUAUUCGGUCCGCGCCCCGGCGUGCGGCCCCUGGCCCCGGCCCUGGCGCGCUCCGCUCGUUCGCUCCAGGAGCUUCCUAGGCACCCCACCCGGGAGCAGCGGCUGCACGCAGGGUCCCCGGCUGCAGGCGCCCCGUGGCCGAAGCGGAGGCCAGAGCAGCGCGGAGACGUGCACGACUGCCCCGGCCUGGAGCCCCUGCGGCGGAGGCUGGCCGCCCUCCAGGACACCCAUGCCUGGAUCCUGCAGGUCCCCCCGGAGCGCCUGGCCAUGGACUUUCAGGAGGUCCUGGCAGAUCUGGGCUCCAAGACCAUCACGGGGCUCUUCCAAGCCUGGGUCCGGGCAGGCCUGGGGGGCCAGCAUGUGGUCUUCGGUGGCCUGGUGGGCCUGGAGCCAGCCACCCUGGCUCGAAGCCUGCCCCGGCUGCUGGUGCAGGCCCUGCAGGCCUUCCGCCUGGCCGCUCAGGCCAAAGCAGAGCCCCGAAGAGCCCAGUCGGGUGCCGGGCAGAGCUGGAAGCUGGAGGGGAAGGAGCACCACCCAUCGGGCUCUCCGCUCCCCGAGGCCAGGCAGCCACGGGCCACAUUUGGGCCCCCAGCCUCUGGUCAGGACCCGCUGCCGCCAGGGGCUGGGUGUGUUCAGGGAGCGUGAUGACAGCCUGCCACAGCUGGCCCAGUGUGCGGGGUGGGGCAGGGGCUUGGGCCCCACGUGUCCUACCAGAUGUGCCAUCAGAAAACCACGGCUGCCUAAUAAAUGUUAUUUAUGGUGUACAGAGACAACUCUGGAGCUUU